AUGAGAUUGCAGGCUCACGAGAUACGAACGAGACUACCGUCUCACGUUGCGGUCGCCGAAUACGGUUGCCCGUACGCUUCCGCGACUAGCCGCACAGUUAACAACCGAUACGGUGUAGGACUAUUCCUAUGCUACAUGCAUGCUACACUCUUCUCUUUUUUGAUUUUCUUUUUGUUUCCUGAGCCCACGCCUUCGACCAUCUCCGUUUGGUACCGUCGACUUCAGUCAACUUUGGCGAAAGCUGGCCUGAUCACCCACGCUCUUGUCAACGUACUCAGUCGAUAUUUUGGUUUCGAAUGUUUGGCAUACGCUUGGUCUCGAACUUGGUCGUUAUGGUCGCUUCUGGUUUGCUCAACGUGGUUUCGUCCCACGCCUGCAGCAUUUCUGGUCCGGACCCCUACGAACGCAAUCUUCAGAUUCUGGAUACAAACCACUCUGGUGUGGCAUGCCAACUCAAGCAACAAAUACAGCACAUCGCUCCUGGUACCGUUCUCCGAAAACGACUUUCGUUGGCAACUCGACGAUCAACGAUCGCUUUCCUGUUCGCCAAUUCUCCCGUCCUACAAUCGCUCGUCAGCCGACCAGUCCCACGAUUUAAACCGCUAUUUAUCGAAA